AUGGAUUAUUAAAAAAAUGAAUUAUAUGAGACUGCUCUUUUUCGAAAAUUUAAAGAAAGUUUAGAAAAAGAAAAAGAACUUUAGAUAUAUAAUAAUACUCAUAUUGAUAAAUUUUAUAAAGCUAUGCCUUGCACUAUAAGACCAAGAAAAAUAGAGAACAGUCCAAUUAUUAUUGCAUAAAUGCUUGUAAAAAAUAGUCAAAUUUCAAUUAGUCCAAAAAUAUAGUCUUUAGGGAAUAAUUUUCAUAAAUGGAAAUUUAGGAAAGUGAUAGGAGUAGAGUAUUUUCUAGAAUUUAAACUCCUUCUAAAAAUGACGAUCGAUAAAAUUUUAUGAGAUCAUUAGUGUAUUCAAGAAGAGAAAAAUAAAGAUCCUCUAGUGUUAAAUCAGAUGUAUUUGAUCUAGCAAAUAUUUAAUUGAAUCAAAAUAUAAAUGACCUGCCAAAAAAGUUAAGAACAUCAAAAUGUAAAAGGGCUUAACUUUAUUUUUGCAGUCAUUUAAGAGAUCGUAUAAAAUCUCCAAGAUUAGGGAUUACAAUUCCAUAAUAUUUAGCAAGUAAAAUAAAAUCUAUAAAAUGA